UACAUCCCGUUGUCUGUUGCAUUUGUCUUCGCGCUUCUCAGUUUUGCACUCCUCGCAGUUAGACCGACCCACCCGUUGCAUCUAGUCGCAGCCUUCGCACAGCCAGACUCGUUAUCAAGAGCAAGUCUCGCUCUCUGAUCGCUCUUUGAUCGCGAAUCGAAGUGUUUUUCCCCAACCUCGAAUGUCGCACGAGCUCGCCGCUUCCAGCGACGCCACUCCCACCGAGCUGCUCUCCGCCUCCACGCGAGUCUCAUUUCCCGACGAGCACGUGUCUGCGCCUUCCGACUAUCAACUUGGUGUUGCAGUUGCUGUCGACGGAUUCGGAAGCCUGGAAGACCUGAUCGUUGAGGAGAGCACUUCUGCUGCUGCCGCUGCGGGGGAUCUCACCGCGGACGGUGCUGAUUGGAUCGUGGAUUUGGAUCUGACGGACGGGACGAGCCUGAUCGUUGAGGCUGAUUUGGCCGACGAGCUUGCUGCUGACGAGGCUGCCGCGACUCAGGUGAACCAGGCUGUUGUACUGAAGCCUGAUUUCGCCGAGCAGACUCUCGAGGUCAACGAGAGCAAUACCGGCGACGAAAACCUCGCCGGGUCGGGUUACACGCUCGGCGAUGCGGAUUUCGCAGACGAUUUUCUUCUCGACGCGUUGCAAGGCGGUGGCGACGUCGAUUUCGCGUCGAUCGGCCUCGCAGGCGACGAAUUCGAUGAGCUUCUCGUGGAUCCCGCUGCUCCAUGCGACAACAUUGCGACAGAAUCUUGUGAGCCGACGACACCAACGACGAAAUCAGCGAUGAUGUACGAUCCCUUGGGUAACCACGUCGCACCUCAGCUUGCAGUGACACCUCAACCGAUGACACCUCAGCAAGGCCACGUGGCGGUUCCCUCCCCGUCGCCGCUGCAGUCCAUGCGGAUCUCGCUGCUGCAGCUGCCUCCUGGUCUCGUCCUGCGCCGCUGUGGCGGUAGCGAACCCCAAGGCUCCUCCGCACCGUUUGCUCCUGUCGCUUCGUCUGCUCCUGCUGCUCGGGUUGCUCCUUACGCCGUUUCCCUUGAAAUGCCGACUUCUGACGAGUCCCCUCUCGGUAAGCGGAAGCGGGAUUUGGAAUCUUCGCCUGCACUAAAUGGAAACUUUCAGCAGCAGCAGCAGCCAGCCAAAGUCAGCCGCGUGGAUCCUCCUUCACCUGUGUCCGCGGUUUUAGCGGCAAACGAGGAACUGGAGGUUGACUCGGGAUCAGCAGUGGGGGUUCUCUGGGAAGCUCUGGAGCAGCAGAUGAAACCCGCCAGGACAGAUGAAACGCCGUGCCAGUGCCUGGCGUGUCAAUGCAAGUCAGAGGAGGACAGGCGGUUCCUGCUGACAGGGAAACGGAUGGCAGAUGCUGAUGCUGGUGCUGGUGCUGGCAGCAAGAGGAGGCCUGGAUGGAAGAGAAAAGGCCGCUCUAUGGCUGACGGAAAUGCAGGUGAUUCCAUGGCUGAUGUCAACGAGAUUCUGGGAGAGCUGGCUCAGAUUCCGCUGCUGCUGGAUCUGAAGGAUCUCCCAGAACUCCCAGAAGGAGAUUUGGAGGAUUAUGACUUGUUGUGGGAUGGUGCUGACGUGGCAGUGCUUGGAGUUGGUGGUGACUUUGGGUUGGGGUUGGGGGACACUGAAGGAAAGCACAGCUCGGGAUUUGGAAGGCGGUUGAGUCAAAUGGAUGUGACUGAAGUGGUGGCUCAAUGCAGGGUGUGGCUGCACGAAGCCCUGCAGAGUCCUGGGUGUGACUCUAUUGAUGUUGACUUCUGCUUGAAGGUGGUGGGAGAGGUGCAGGGAGAAGCGGCGGAAGAAACCAAGGCGAUGGAGCUUGCGGUAGAGGAUGCCCUUCCUCUUGAAUGCUCCAUGGAAUAAGUGCUAGAUUGUGCACAUGUACAUUGCAAUAAUAGAAUAAGCUGUAGUGA